CAGCAUAAUGGCAUCUAUAAACAGAACCAGCGAAACAGUUAAGAAACUUAAAGCCAACAGACAGCAACUUCUGAAGGAGAUCAAUGAAAAGCGUGAAUCCAACUGCUUGGUGGAAAGAAGCAAUCAAGUUAGCUUAUUGAGAGUCCAAAAGAGGCACUUCAGUGGUGCCCAUACCUCCUGCACUCACAUCCAAACCAAAGAACCUGCUCCCGACAGCGGGAGGAGCUCCUGGGUCAAACUGAGUCUCCUUACUCAUCCGGAGAAAAGGCACUUCGCACCAAAAAAUAAUGCCAUAUUUGGAUAAAGUGCAUCUCCAGAGACACAAAGAAAUACCAUCUCCUUGAUCCUUCUUCAGUGUCUAAAUUACUUACAAAUAUUAAUUAUGAAAGAAGUCAAAAAAAGUUAUUUGCUAGAUCACCAAGAAAACAUUUUAAGUCACAUGAAAUGUAUUACAUCUUCAUUCAUUCCAUUCCACCACUGAGAUGUUCUGGAGAGAGGAUCUGAAUUAUUCAAGAUGCUUUAAAAGAUGAAUCGCCUAAAAGUUCACAUCACAGUGAUCUUGUUUAUUAAUUUAAAAUGUUUAAAUAGUCUGUUUCUAUAAAUCAGUAGAAUAUGCUGACCAACCCCACUAAUCAAGAUGAACGCUAAAGUUCUGUCAACAAGUUGUUCCUAAACACUUAAUUACAUUGGUCAUUGACAGAAGACAUGACUCCUGCUUCAGAGGCAAAGGACUUUAAUAUUCAGAACACAGCAAAUAGCACGAGCCUCAUGUUUCGAUUGGCUUCCCCUGCACCCCACUCCCAAACAAGAUGGAGCCAUCCAGAGAGAUGCCAUACAUACAAAGGUUUUGUCUCACAGCUGAAGACCUCUGAGCUUUAGAAACCCAACCUUUGCUGGGAGGAAAAUAUUCUCUUUAUUACACUGGACAGUAAAUAAACCUGCACUCUGCUCCAGUGGGAGACAACACCUCUGUCUUCCAAGGCCCAUGGCUAUACAAACAUCCUUGAAGAGAUAAUCUGGAACAAAAGCUGUCAGUGCCUCUGCUCCCAAGACAUGCAGAAAUGUGAGAGACCUAUGGAGAAUUAUCUCCCAAUACUGAGCAGUCCACAUAAAGACUAUCAAGUACAGCAUCGUUUCUUUGGCUUAAUCUAAGAUGAACCAUAGGUGAUAAACAUAUAGUAAAUGAGUGUCCAGUUAUGUGUAAUACAAUUAUUAACCUUUCUAGUCUCAUUUCUCUAUAAUCCCCUGUACCGCCUCCCCCAUGUACCUCUGGGUUUAUGGAACUACUUGUGGUUCCCCGCUGUAUUGUUACCCACCUUCACAUGGCUAAUUUUAGUUUAAAUACCACCUUCUCCUGGAAGCCUUCCCUCCCCCAUCCUCUUUGCCUCUUAGGUGUUUCUACUUUAUCCUCCUCUAUAUACCUUAAAACAGCCUCGGGCUAAAACCAGAAACUCAAACGUCACAAAACUAUAUAUUCUGGACUCUGACCCUACCUGAAAUAGCAAGAAGUCCAGCCACCUACCCCCGCUUUCCUGGGAGUGUUUCAGAUCUGCUGAUGCACAUGUUCCCUCAGUAAACGUGUGGGGAUGGGUAUUUCCUUUUUUUUUUGGCUCCGGCUCCCUGUAGAACUGUCUGCUGGUGAGCUCCCAAGUCAAGGCCACUAAGGCCUGUGCAGGAAGGCUUCCUGCGACACCCCUGGAACUUAGAAAAGAUGUCAACAUGGUUCACCUUUGCUAAUGAAGCUACCAACGUUCAAUGCCUCUUCCCUCAAGAGAGACUUGCAGGCUACAGGGCCGGCGGGGCGGGGGGCGGGAGGGAGAGCUGCAUUUCCUCGCUGGCACUGCAGAUGCCUCCAAGGGAGGGGCCAAGCAGAGUGGAAGAUGAGCUCUGCCUCAUAAGGUAAGAGGUUCCACAAAUACGAGAAAAGUGGAAAAAAAGAAUAGGAAUGUUCACUGCUAUCUACCCUUUGGGAUGCCCCCAAAUCGACACACACCCUUCUUGCUAUGUCUUUUAAAAAUGCUUUCACAACAUUGAUCACCAUCUGCUAUGGAUUGCCAAUGUCGUAUCUUUAAAAUCAACUGGACUUUUGCUGUCUGGAAAGCCAUCCAGGCUCUAUAACUCACAGAUUUCCUUCUCUUCCUUCCUUAAUUUCCCUAAGGGUCUCUUGGUGGCAACUAUUUCAGGGUAUCAAUUUUCUCAUCAAUCAGGGUUCUUAAAGAUGCAAGGAAUAGAAAUUAAAUUUGGUCAAUUUAAGAAGAAAAUGAAUUCACUGAAAGAUUUUGGAUUGUUCAUAAAAUCUCCACAAGGGCUGAAAACAAAAUUCAUAUCACUGAACUAGAAGUAUAAAGACUCUACUGCCAUAGACAGUGGGCCAGAACCUGCAGCUAACGCUGCCAACCUCACCAAGCUGGGCUCUGAAUGUUGCUACACCGCCUACCCUCACCAGAAUGCAGUCAGCUUGGUCCUGGCGUCUUCAUGUGACUAAAUUCAUUCAACAUCUAGGGUGGGUCAUAUUGUCAGUGCCCUGGGUGCAAGAAAGGAUAGAAAAUGAUUGCCUGGCCUUGUCAGUUUCUAUAGUGAGAAGUGGACUCUGUUUAAUAAGGUGAGAAAUUCUCCAAAGGAAUUUAUAUGUGUGAUGGCAAAAAAACACUCAGAUGUCCAUCCAUAUGAAUCUUAAGACCCCUUCUCUCUCCUACUGCUUCCCUCUGUUACUGCCUACCCACGCAAAUUCAGAGUUCUUGAUUUGUUAAUACCCUAGAAAAGGGUUCUGAAGGAUGUUACUUAAGAUAACGUAGAGAUCAGAUUGGGAGACACUGUGACAUUUGGGAAAGAAUGCUGAAUGGAAGUCAGGGAUUAUAAUUCUGAAUGUAUCACAUAUUAGGUGUGAGA